GCCUAAACGAAAUCACAGCAGCGCGGAGAGGACAGAGAGAGAGGAAGCUGAGAGAGAGAGAGAAGAUGGGAGGGGGAAUGGAAGCUCACAAGAACAGGUUCAUAGAGGAUUGGAGCACGGCGAGGGAGAACCUCGAGCACAACUUCCGGUGGACUCGCCGGAACCUGGCUCUCGUCGGCAUCUUCGGCAUCGCCAUCCCCGUCUUAGUCUACAAGGGCAUAGUCCGUGAAUUCCACAUGCAAGAUGAGGAUGCAGGAAGACCGUACCGGAAGUUCCUCUGAUUAUUACGGAGAUCGCCGGCAUAAUAAGUGUGGAUGUGCUUUGGACCACAAACAUUUGCUUUCUUGCCGUGUUUAUCUAUGGGGACAUGUUCCUUUGCUGUUCUGGAGAUCACUGUUGGAAAAAUCACACCGCUAUGUUCUGUUAUAAGCGUUAAUUCAGUGCAAAUUCAUUGCCAAUGUUGACAAUGCUUUACGAAUAACCGAACAAUACUCUAAUUUGUAUUGCAAAUUAGCAUGUUUUCUAAGCUUGUCCUUAAAUUUCUGGGGCAAGCCAAAGGACAUUGGAGAGGAUUUCUGGAAUGUUAAA